AUACAUCCCUAUACUGCCCUGAGCGUACGGACUGCUCCCACAGGCAAGGGGGGCCCUGCCCAUAAGGCUUGCAAUCUAAAAGGAGAAAGGUUGUUGGACUAAUUACUUGUUUUCCCUUUUAUUUAAUUGGUUGUGAGUGCAGACAAACACCUCUCACUUACAACCCCUUUGAAUGAGUGUGAGUGAGCACUCGACUGAGAGGGAACCUUGGCAGUUCCAGUGUAAACUCCUCUCUCUAUGAGAUGUGUGAGUGACAGAUGUGAGUGUGGGUGACGUGUGCAUAUAAUUGGGGCUGUGCCCCAGGAGCAGCAUUUGUGACUGAGUGAGAAGCAGAGAAGCAGCGAGACAGAGCGAGAAGCAGAGAAGCAGCAAAAAUGAGUGAGAAUCAGUGAGAUAGAGAGACAGACAGACAGACAGACAGACAGAGAGAGACAGACAGAGAGAGACAGAUAGACAGAUAGAGAGAAUGAUGAGAGGAGUCUGCGCCUGAACAUGGAAGAUUCAGUAACUGGGAAAGUGCUGGGAUUUCUCUUAUCCCUCCUCCUCCUGCAGCACAGGCACUGUUCAGCCCUAGAGGUGACAGUCCCCCCCGAUCAGUCCUCCCCGAUGGGAAGAGACGCCCUGCUCCCCUGCACGUUCCGAGUGGACAACCCCCCCAUGAACCCCAAGUUCCUUGCCAUUUUGUGGCAUUUUGGGGACAAGGAGGUUCUGAGAUACGACAACAAGGGGAAGGUUUCCAGCCCCCGGGUUUCCAUAGAUGAGAGAGCUCUGCUGGAAGGCAACGCCUCGCUGUCUCUCUCCAACGUGACUGUCUCGGAUGGGGGAACCUACAGGUGCUCAGUCAUUUACAGCCCAGAGACCCAAAAGAAGGAGAUCCGGCUGCGCAUUCAUGCGCUGCCUGAGGUUGUGGUUGCUAAGAGAACUCUCGUUAGGAACCAGGGAACUGCCCUACGGUGCUCAGUGACUGAUUUCUACCCACAACGCAUCACUGUCACUUGGCUCAGGAACGGGAAGGUGUUGCCCAACUCAGCCCUGGGCCCCCUGCAGCAGAAUGCAGAUGGUACCUUCCGACUCAACAGCACCCUGACUCUCACCCCCUCUGACACCGAGGAUACCCCAGAGAUUGCUUGUCUGGUGCAACAUGAAUCCCUCCCCACCCCCAGGCGGGAUAGUUUCAGGGUGCAGUAUGGAGUGCCCCCGUCAGUGCAAGUUUAUUCGGCCAAGAUCAAUGGGCGCCCGGAGCAGGUACUGGUGUGUGAAGCCAGUCAGUUCCAACCAGAACCAGUGCGGAUACAGUGGCUCCUGAAUGGGAAAAUCCCUGAAGAUCUGAAGAAAAGCAGAGAUGGGGGGUUCAAAACAGGUUCCUAUUACGUGAUAAACCCAACGGGUGGGAUCCAAGUGGGAAACAUCUCCUGCGCGGUGGAACAUGAGACUCUGCUGCUUCCCAUCACUGAGACUCUACAGCUGAGCCCAGAGGACACUGAGGCUAAAUAUUCUGCAGGGAACAUUGCGGCAGCCAUAUUUCUCACCAUGCUGCUGAUGGGGGCCGGGAUCACUGCGGGGCUCUGGUUUCUCAUUUACAAGAGGAAAUAUUUCCAGAGGUUCCGGGUGAGUCACAUACACAGGAGCCAGACGGUGGAAGGGAAGAAGGUGACUCUGUACUGUGUGGCCUCUGACUGCCCUAAGGGCCCCCGGGUGAUAUGGUCAGUGCAGGGGCAUGAUGGGAAGAAGACGGAGGUAGCAGAGGAUGAGGCCCAGGCAGAAGGAGAAGGGAAGAUGUUGCUGGGCCAGGAAUUCACUGUAAGAACAGACAGAACAGGGACAGACGGGAGACACAAUGUCACCUCCUCCCUCAGCUUCACCCCCGAUGUAUCAGCGCACAAGGAUAUGGUCGUGUUCUGCAAGUUUGUCUGUGAUGGAAAAGCCAAAGAGGAACAACUACACUGUUCCUUCAUCUCAGCAAAGCCCAAGGACUAUAUAAAGCUUUCCCUGAGUGACUCCGGAGAGGUUCUGAGCCGCCUGACCCUGCAGGAGUUUUACCCCAGAGGGAUCCAGAUCAGAUGGAGCUGUGGAGUUGGUCACUACCAGGAACUGGAAUCCAUCAAUGAAAGAUUUACUCCCAAUUCUAACUAUACUUACAAUACUGAGAGUGAGUGUAAGAUCCUGGGGCAACUCUUCACAGACCCAGGAUUCAAAGUGCGAGUGACCUGGAACCAGCAAUCCAGCACUGGGCAGGGGUCCCGGGAGUUCUCUGCCAGAGAUCCAGAAUUCCCCUGGUGCCCAUGGAUGGAAGAAAUAAUAAAACCUGCAUUAAAACACAACUCAGAGGGCAGAUUCCAGUGUGAGAUCCGGGGGUAUUUCCCUAAAGCUCUGGAGGUGAAAUGGCUGAGGAGAGAAGCCGGGGGGCAGGAAUUAUUCUCUGUGUCUCCCAGUGAGAAAUACAAGAUCCCAGAGAUGGAGCAGAAGAAAGAAGCUGAUGGGACCUUCUCCUGCACAGCCGCCCUCAUUGUCUCUGUGUCGGGCAAAAGUGACAAUGGAGCAGAAUUUAUCUGCCGGGUGGGACACCCCAGUCUGGGGGAACCCCUAGAUAGAAGCACCGGGGCCCUCAGUGUGACAGGGGUCCCAGUUGUGAGGAGCUGCACCCAGAGGGGUAAAUACAUCAUCAUGGAAAUAGAUCAGUUCUACCCACAGGACAUUGGGGUUACCUGGCAGAGAGCUGAGAAGGAGCCAAAGGAUUAUAAGCCGAUCCCUGAUGUACAGAAUAAACUAUAUCAGAACAGUGACGGCACCUACAGACUCACCAGUAUCUGUGAGGGAAUGGGACUGAUGGAUCGGAUGAAUCCAAAUGAUUUCUAUUUCACUGCUCGGGUGCAACACGAGGCCCUGAACCCCCCAAUCCAGAAGGAAUUCCUACGGAAGGAAGGUAACCCCCAAACCGCUGUGCUUUCCCCUAUACACAUGUGGGGUUACUUGGGAUUUCUGCCAUUUACACAAAUAUCUGUACACAGCACGUACCUAUAUUUUUUGCAUUUUUACCUCUAUUUAGACUAGCACAAC